AUGGGGCUGCUGGAGCUGUGCGAAGACGUGUUCGGCACCUCCGACCUUUAUCAGGUGCUGGGCGUGAGGCGCGAGGCCUCGGACGGCGAGGUCCGACGCGGCUACCACAGGGUGUCCCUGCAGGUGCACCCGGACCGGGUGGGAGAGGACGACAAGGACGACGCCACCCGCCGUUUCCAGAUCCUCGGGAAAGUCUACUCGGUUUUAAGUGACAAAGAGCAGAGGGCGGUGUAUGAUGAGCAGGGCACGGUGGACGAGGACUCCGCCGAACUCACCCAGGAGCGGGACUGGGAGGCGUAUUGGAGGUUGCUCUUUAAAAAGAUAUCUUUAGAGGACAUUCAAGCUUUUGAAAAGACAUACAAAGGUUCAGCACAAGAGUUGGAUGAUAUCAAACAGGCCUACCUGGACUUCAAGGGUGACAUGGAUCAGAUCAUGGAAUCUGUGUUGUGUGUGCAGUACACAGAAGAACCCAGAAUAAGGAAUGUCAUUCAACAAGCCAUUGACUCUGGAGAGGUCCCAUCCUAUAAAGCCUUUGUCAAAGAAUCGAAGCAAAAGAUGAAUGCAAGGAAAAGGAGGGCUCAGGAGGAGGCUAAAGAAGCAGAAAUCAGCAGGAAGGAGUUAGGGCUUGAUGAAGGAAUGGAUAACUUGAAAGCAGCCAUCCAGAGUAGACAAAAGGAUCGGCAAAAGGAAAUGGACAGUUUUCUGGCUCAGAUGGAAGCAAAGUACUGCAAACCUUCUAAAGGAGAACGGAAAAAAGCAUCUCUCAAGAAAGAAAAGAAAUAA